ACAUUAAAAAAAGAGAAAAAAAAAGAUGAAAAAACAGCGUAUGAAAUUUCAUUAACAUAAAUAAAUUUGUUCUUUUGAGGUCACGAGAACUCAUAAUGAUAUAGUGCCUAAGGCCUUCGAAAAUACAAACGCUAUCCUAAUAUGCGAACAUUAUUGAUCAUUCGUUUCGUUCUAUUAAAAAAAAAAACGAUAACGUCGAAACGUAACAAAUUGUUACGAUCAGAUCUCGCUUGUGGUUAUAAAAAAUGUUUAGAGGGUUAUAAACAUAUACGUUGCCACGAAUCUCUCGAAAUAACGAUAAGUAAGUUAUUGAAGCGUUCCACGAUGGACAUCAGUAGCUCCGAAACUUUCGAAACGUUCAAACAUUAUUUUUUGUUCUUUUUUUUUUCUCUCUUCUUUUAUUUACCGAUAAACGUUAAAUUAAAAAAGAAAAACGUUAUUUAUCGAGUAACAUUAAAACUUUCAUCGUCAGAUAAAAAACGAUGAGAAACCUUGAUUAUCUACAAAUUUUUCCCUCCCUCUUGUUACGAAUUGUUCCUUUGAGAAAGAAUUUGCAUUCCCAUAUACAAAUAUUUAAUAUUAUCACGAAAUUACGUCGUUGAAAUAACGAAAAAUACGUGCUCGGCCGAAUGUCGUCGUGUUACAAGGAACCAAAGGAAUCAAGGAGAAGGUAGAAGAAAAAGGAUUUCAUUCUCACUAGUAGGAGACUGACGGCAUGGGUCUGCCGCGUUUGUCACUGAAGAGAUGCUUUCUUUACGUAUUUUGUUUGACGGGGAUGUUGCUGGUACUUAUGAACGUACGUCAAAAGGAGAUCUGGCAUGCGAUGCGAUCGGAUCCGGUUCAAGUGCAAUCUCUUCGUGGUCUUGGAGACACGACCAAGUCGCAGAUGAAACAGUAUUGGCCUUUGAAAUCGAAGAAGCCGACGAUACGGAUAAUGCAUACGAUUCGAGAGACGAUCAAGAGAAAAGACGUAACCGAGGUGAAUUCGACUGGAACGACAAUCUUGUCGGAAAAUUCGAUAGAUUCUUUGGCUCCAUCGAGAAGGCCUUGGUAUAUGAAAGGUGGUACAAGAAGACCAUAUCCAGCUACCAAAUCUCGUCGUACUGGUCGAAGAUUGGCACGUUUAUGGCCCGAAGAGGAUACUUACGAUGACCGUGUGACUAAUCAAUUGAUGUUCGUGCCACCUGAUUACAAUAGAACGGACGAGCAUAGAUUAAAAAAAAUAAUGGUACCCCAUGGUAUGGGGGAAGCCAAAGUUGGUUCGGAUAUUUUCGUUCAACAUCGUUGCCCUGUGAAUACAUGUACGAUCGUUCGUGACAAUCCAGACGAGGCAGAUUUAAUAUUAUUCAAGGAUUACGUAACGCAUGUAGGACGAAGACCUCGUAAUCAGGUAUGGAUGCUGUAUUUUUUAGAAUGUCCUUAUCACACGCAAAGUGUAAAAAAUGCUCUUAUCAAUUGGACGGCUACUUAUCGUCGUGACAGCGACAUAGUUGCGCCCUACGAAAGAUGGCAAUAUUAUGAUUCUAGCGUGAAACAAAUCCCACAGACAUUUAAUUAUGCCGCUAAUAAAACGAAAAAGGUCGCCUGGUUCGUUUCAAACUGUCAUCCACGAAAUCAACGCAUGCAUUAUGCCAAGGAACUGUCCAAAUAUAUUCAAGUAGACAUUUAUGGUGCCUGCGGAACAUUACGUUGUCCUCGCUCACAAUCGCAAACUUGUUUCGACAUGUUAGACGAGGACUACAAGUUUUAUCUCGCUUUUGAAAAUUCCAACUGCAAAGACUAUAUAACGGAAAAGUUCUUCGUGAAUGGGCUUGGGCACAACGUAUUGCCGAUCGUGAUGGGUGCACAUCCGAGCGAUUAUGCAAGAAGUGCACCUUACCGAUCUUACAUUCACGUCGACGAAUUCGAAUCGCCGAAAGAAUUGGCAACUUAUCUUUAUCGUUUGGAUAACGAUGACGAACUUUACAACUCGUAUUUUCGAUGGAAAGGCACAGGGGAAUUUAUAAACACGUACUUUUGGUGUCGCGUAUGUGCAAUGUUGCACGAUGAUCGUCCAGCGAAAUUUUACAAGGAUGUGAACGAUUGGUGGAGGGGCGAAGGCGUAUGCACAACCAGUUCCUGGCGAGAACACGAAAGCUCGAAGAAAGUACGACUUAGAAACAUCUGAGAAUGUUUCUUAAGAUUUUGAAAAAAAAAAAAAAAUAAGAAAAGAAAAGAAAAGAAAGAUAAAAAAAAGAAAAAGAUAGAAACUUCCUAUCGGAAAUUUUACUAUGAAAAUUAGGAGAUGUUAUACUUUCCUCGUUGAAAUGCGAAUGAAAUAUCCGAAUGGAUCGAUCGAUCGCAUCAUUUCGAGAAAUUUUAUUGAACAAAUAAAUUUUCUCUAAAAUAAAAUCGGACGAUAUUUCAUGUAUUAUGGAUUAAAAACUUGACGAUCUUUUAUAAAUUCGUCUAAGAUCCCAAUAAAAUGUUAUCUUAUAUUCGCGUUACGAUCUGAUAACAUAUCGUAUACUUAUGCCAUGAAUAUUAAACGAUCAUAAGCCGUUUUUCGUCGUCGUCCAUGUUAUUUUUAUUAUAUAAUUCGAUCUUUCUUAUUCUUAUUUAAACUUUUUCUUCGUAACGUCCGAGAAAUAAAUUUAAAAAAAGGAACAGGAAUAAAUCGUAUCGUUACGAUAUCAUCUGAUAAUUGUAAUUGUUAAAAUUGACUCAUUGAUCUAGCCUUUAAAGUUGAUAUUCCAAUCAAAGCUAAUCUCAAUCGAAUCGAUUUCGAGAUCGUCGGAGAUUAAAUCGUAUCAUGGAAAAAUUAAUUACAAAUAAUUAACUUUUCAAUUUAACAAAUAAUUAAUCGUUCCAUUUUCUGACGUUGUUUUAUUUCUUGACUUUAUUGAAUCAUUUUCACGAUCCUAACUCGAUCGAAUUAUUACGAUGUUAAAAUUAUUCGUUUAAGAUUUUUUUUUUUUACACGAAAUAUGUAACUGUCUUGUGAUCUUGGUAUUAAGAUUUACUUCGAUGAAAAUUGUAAUAAUACGUCCGUUUCAAGAAAUCUAAAGUUCAAGGUAUAUAAGAUAUACCAGAUUGAUAAGGUAUAUCUAGAGUGAAAACAAAUUAAGAUAAUUUAUUAUAUAUCUGCAUAUAUAUAUAUAUAUAUAUAUGCACACGAUAUGAUUUCAAUUGCGUUAGCUAGAUUAUAAUAAUUUAGUCCAACGAAUGUGAGAAAAAAAAUGGAAAGAAGAAAGGAAAAAAGAAAUGAAAGAAAAAGAGGAAAAGCAAAAAAAAAUGAUAAGAGACCUAACUUCUAUACCGUCGGGUUUACUUAGAUAAGCGAUAAGGAGUGUCGUAUGCUUUUCUUCUAGGUUCCUACGAUGUUAAUCAUAUAUACUGUGCGCACAAGCAGCUUAGGUAUUAGAACAAAUGACGCCGAAUAUGUGACUAAAAUAGAUGUACCAAAGUGAUUUACCAAAUAUUGAUGAAAGCAGCACGACAAAUUCUAGUACCUUUGUCUUGGUACAAAAAAAAAAGAAUGGAAAGAACAAAAAAAAAAAAAAGAACAAAACGAAACGAAAAAAACAAAAAAAAAAAGAAACCAUAGGCUCAUUUUACGAAAAUAAAAAUAAAGUAUAACGCCGACGAUAGUGCUUGCGUUUUUAGUAUUCAAUCGUAUUUUAAUAGCGAAAUUUCUUUGUUAUCGUUAUUUAA